AUGGGCACUGAAAAAAAAAUUGGACAACACUUCCUUUUGAAAUCAUAUUCCCAAUAUCAAAACGAUCAAUCAAUCAAAAUAAGAGUGUGUCAUAUCAUCAUUUCUUUCAUUUGUAUCCCGUCGAUUACCUAUAAUUCCAAAAGUAAGUAAGAUUAAGAUACGAAUCAAUUUGAAAUCGAUUUUUUAAAAAAAAAGAGAAUUUGACAUAUCAAAAAAAGCUCAAUUAAAGAAUAAAUCAAAUUAGUUUAUAUUGUUACAUAUCGUAUUAGAGUUAGUAUUUCAUACAUAGCUUUUUUUUGUUUAGCAUCCACAUAUAGUUCAAUAAUAAACUAAAUAUUAUUCUAAAAAACCAUUUAUAACAAGAUUUAACGUACUACGUAUAUUUAGUUAUUUUAGUUUAGGAUUAAAAAAAAAAGCAAGUUCCCCUCCCUUCAUUCAUUCCUUAUACAUAUACAUAGAAUAGAUUAUUAUAAUGAGUUACGAAGACGACGAAGCUCUUUUCGAAGACAUUUAUGGUGAUGAUGACGCUGAAGAAAAGCAAACAUCAACUACAGCUCCUGCUGCUGUGGAAGAAACCAAACCUGAAGUUGCAGCCGAAGUGACUCCUGCAGAACCAGCUCAGCCAGCAUCUACCAUUGUUACUACUGCCGCUGAAGUACCACAACCGCCACCACAACAAGCUCAAGCAACUACUGCUAAUCCAACUUCUCAAUUGCCACCACCACCACCAACCGGUAUUCCUCAAGGUGCUGCUGUUCCGGGAUUUGAUCCUUCAAAUUUCCCAGUUCCUCCAAAUAUGGGUGGAUUUCCUGGUGUGCCCCAAUUCGAUCCAAGUACUGGUCAACCAUUACCUCCACCACCUCCUCCAGCUUCUACUGGUGUACAACAACACUUGCCUUCAAAUGUAGGAAAGGAAAGCGGUAAAAUGUUCGUCGGUGGUCUUAACUGGGAUACUACUGAAGAAGGUAUGGUUGAAUAUUUCUCAAAGUAUGGGGAAGUUAUCGAUUACACUAUCAUGAAAGAUAGUAAUACUGGUAGAUCUAGAGGUUUUGGUUUCUUAACAUUUAAAGAUCCAUCUUCAGUCGAUGAAGUUAUAAAAGUUGAUCAUAUUUUAGAUGGUAAGUUAAUUGAUCCAAAAAGAGCAAUUGCUAGAGAAGAACAAGAUAAAGUGGGUAAAAUCUUCGUUGGUGGUAUUGAUCCAAUGGUUAAUGAAAAGGAUUUUAAUGAUUUCUUUUCUCAAUUUGGUAGUAUUAUCGAUGCUCAAUUAAUGAUCGAUAAAGAUACUGGUAGAUCAAGAGGGUUUGGUUUUAUUACUUAUGAUUCUCCAGAUGCCGUUGAUAGAGUGACUGUUAAUAAAUAUUUAACUUUGAAAGGUAAAGCUAUGGAAGUCAAGCGUGCUGAACCAAGAGGUCAACAUCAGCAAAAUCAAAUUAAUGCUCAACAGCAACAACAACUGCAACAACAACAAUAUAACUAUGGCUAUGGAGCUUCUCAAUAUGGUCAACAGCAACAAUAUCCACAAGCAACUCCUCAAAUGACCCCAGAAAUGAUGCAAUAUUAUCAAAGAAUGCAACAAUGGUAUAUGUAUCAACAACAAGCUGCUGCUGCCCAAGCAGCUGGUCAACCAUUCCCAACUCAACAAGCUGGUGUACUUCCUGUUGAAGGUGUUCAACCACCAAUUUCUGGUUCAUCAGACAGUCAACCAUCACAACCUUUAAACCCACAAGCUCAAAGCGAUGAUAUUGAAUCAGAAGCAAGUGGGGAUUAUGGAAGAGGUGAUAGUAACGAUGGUUAUAACGGUGGUUCUGAUAGUCCACAUAGAGAUCAAAGAAGACUUAAUUUACCAAGAGGUCCAAGAAGAGCUCCUCCAACUGGUCCUUCAGGUGGUAGAGGUGGAUCCAGUGGUGGAAGAGGUCGUGGUGGUUUCAAUAGAAGAAGUAGAGGAUACCAUCCUUACAGAGGUGACAGAGGUGGUAGAAGAUAAACC